GGGGGAGUGAACGAACGAAGGGAACAAUCUGCGCGAACCUGGCCCUUUAAAUUACACAUUCACCGUAGACGGAGACAAGAAAACCUUAUCCAAGAGCUCUGAACAACUGCUGGUCUACACACUCACCAUCUACCAGAAUUUUCUCCUUUCACGUGGCACGAUAACCGAUGGCAGAGAAUGUCGACGACUAAUAACAUAGCCCAGGCCAGGAAGCUGGUGGAGCAGCUGAGGAUUGAGGCUGGCAUUGAACGCAUCAAGGUGUCAAAAGCAGCUGCAGAUCUAAUGAGUUACUGCGAGCAACACGCCCGUAGUGACCCUCUGCUGGUCGGGGUUCCCACCUCAGAGAACCCGUUCAAAGACAAGAAGCCCUGCAUCAUUCUAUAGCUGCACCACAGUGCCCAGCUGCCCUUCUCCCACUUAGCAGAUGCCCAGUAUCAGUCAAUGGGCACAAUUCAGUCCAACACUACUUUUUUACCUGGAAUCAACAGCACUCUCUGGAAAAAACAAAACAAAACAAAACAAAAACAAACAAAAGCCACACUCUAGCCAUAAAGGCAAAGGGGCAAAUAUCCGUUUACCUCGCGUCGCGUAGCCCUGAGUUGAGUGCAUCUAUAUGAAUGAAUCUAUGCAUGUGUGUGCAGUACCUCUGUCUACAUUCAUACAUAUAGGUCUACUGAACUAGAGGUGGCAAGAUUUGAAAUUUCGUCAAUUUCUUGAGAUCUACAGUGUAUAAAAGACUGAACGAAUGAACAGCAUGUUUUUCAGUGCAAAGUUGACCAAAAUUACCACGGGCGAUGGACAGGUUUAGCUUGAGUGGAGGUGAAAUGGUUAGCAGUUGAGACGCUGAGGGGGGAACAAUCCAGAUUUUGGGAUGAGUGAGAAUACACUGACUGACUAGCUGGCUAGCCCAGUCACACUGUGGUAAUGGUUGUCCAGUAUUACUUUGCGUAGUUAUGUUCAAUUCACAAGCGGCUAAUUGUAGAUUUGUACGGCCAAAAAGUCAAAUCCAGGUAUGCGUACCUUUAUCGAAACAGCACAUUUUAUGAUUUAACAAAGGGAUUCAAGACAUUAACCAGAGUUGCCAAUAUUUUUUACAGUUUUCUCAAAUCCAUUUAUGAGUUGUAAUAUUCUUUUCACAGAUAGCCAAAUGGUGGGGUUGAAUCUUUGUUUUUCUACUCUUUUUUUCUACUAUAUUUUAAAACCUACGAAAGCUAAUAACUUAAAUAAGAGGAAAAAAAAAACUAUAUAUGAAACAGAGAAAAAUAGCUAUGUUUGAAACAAGCCCUUUUUGAAAUAAUUCUACAGUGCGAAAAUAAUACACCCACUUCUUACUAGAAAUACAAAGUUCUUGUUUAAAAAAUGAUGAUAUAUUUAGGUUCACAAGAUACUUUAAUUGCCCUGAGAGCAAAAUGUCAGAAUAUUCACCUGUGAAUAUAAAACGCUAGUUACAGUAUUUGUAUAGAAUGUCAAUGAAUAUUUAGUAGCCAGCAGGGAAGAAUUUUGAUCCUACUUCACAGGAAAGAGUUUUCCGUAAUUCACACUAGUCUGCGCCCGUCCAUAUCCAAAAAGGCCAAUCUUUUUUCUCUGAAACCAAACUUGAUUGUAAAAUCCACACAGAAGGAAAAAAAAAAUGUAUAAACUUUCUUUUUCGGACAUGUUCAGAAGUGUUAACAUUGAGAAUAGCUGUUUGGACUUGUUUGUUCCAAUUUCUUCUUUCUAUAGACUCUAUGGAAUCUGGUCUUUGAGUAUGAUGCUGUACAGUGUUUGAUAAAACUAAAGCGCAUUUUUUUUUUCCUUUUUUUCUUUGUGGAAGUUUUAUCUUUUUGUAAUUUUUUUUGUGUAAUAUUUCUGUUUUUCUCAUCGAUCAUAUUUAACACUUCAGUUUGUCUUUGUCAAGACAGGGAAGGAAAAAAAAAAGAAAAAAAGAGUUGAAGGAAUUUAACAAUGAUGAAGAAUUUGAUUUAAAAGGUGAAGCACGUCCUCAUGGGGUAACAGUAUUGUCACAUUCUCGCUCUCUCUUAUGUAACAGAGAAUGUCACGUUCAGAAACACUGAAUACAAAACCUCUCGAUGAAUAGCGCGUAACACAGUUGUUUCAUGGUUGUUUUACCUGUCUAAUUUGUUUGAAUAGCAUUGUGUGAGGAGGUCAACGUCCAUGGCCUACCACUGGGAACUGAGGUGUGUCAAAGGGUACAUUAGAAGAGCAGGAUGUUCAGUGUUACGUAACUGACAUGAGGCUUGGAUAUGAUUCUAAAAAAAAAAGUCACAUGACAGAGGCAGAAUGAGGAGCAAGAACAGAGCCCACGCUGGACCCUAAAACAGUGAAGUCAUACACUGCCCUGUUCCCUCGUGCUUGGUGGUGUCUCGUGAGCCAGAGGGCCGUGGUGACAAAUCCCCCCCCCCCCUUUUCUUUUUUUUUUUGCAAAAUAGUGUGUU